AUGGUCAAGGCAGGUAUCGCUCUGUUGGCACUUGCCGCCACCGCUUUUUCUGCUGUCAUUGAGCGUGGUGAGAGUGGAAAUGCUGGUACAGACAGGAAUCCAGUCUCCUAUGGUCCUCCUCCUGUUCCUGCUCCUGCUGAUCCCAAGUCAACCUAUGGCCCUCCUCCUGCUGAUCCCAAGUCAACUUAUGGUCCUCCUCCUGCUGAUCCCAAGUCAACUUAUGGUCCUCCUCCUGCUGAUCCCAAGUCAACUUAUGGUCCUCCUCCCCCUGAGCACAAGUCGACUUAUGGUCCUCCUCCUCCUGCUGAUCUCAAGUCAACUUAUGGUCCUCCUCCCCCUGAGCACAAGUCGACUUAUCCCGUUCCUCCUCCAGCAUCUCACUCAUACACGGAGCCGGGCCAUUCAUCUUACCCUAAGCCUACCCAAACCCCGCCUCCUCAUUCCUACUCUGAGCCACCCAAGCCCUAUUCCACCCCUCACAACAGCUACAGCAAGCCUGUUGUGCCUCCUCCUAACUCCGCCCCUGGUGGCAUCACCAAGACUUUGACCAUCACCACCACCGAGUGCCCAGUCUCCUCUACGACCUCGAUCGAAGGUACCUCCACAAUCACUGUGCCAAUCACUCUGACUCGGACCGUGGUUCACACCAUCGUCACUGUUGUCCCUACUAGCAGUGUUAUCCCUGCUGCCACUCUUGUCCCUGCUACCAGUGUUGUCCCUACUGCCCCUCCUGUCCCUGCCAGUUCUGCUUCUGCCAACCCUCACAUGCCCGUUUUCACUGGUGCUGCUACCGGCAUUGUUAACCAGCAGCCUGUUGCUGGUCUCAUGGUUGCUGCCCUUGGAGCUUUUGCUCUUUUGUAA